GGGGAGCAGAGCUCCACCCUGCCCCUUCGCUGGACACGUGGGCUGUUUAAUUCCAAAGUCUAACAGAGGGCGCUUCGGUAUCGAACGCAGAUUCAGCACAGGCACGGGAGGCAUUAUGGUUCUCUCAUUAAAUUCCAUUGCUGCUGUAUCCCUGAACAUGGGCAUCGGGAAGAACGGGAAUCUUCCUUGGCCCCCGCUCAGGAAUGAGUUUAAGUAUUUUCAGAAAAUGACAGUGACACCUACGCAAGAAGGAAAACAAAAUGUAGUAAUAAUGGGUAAAAGGACUUGGUUUUCCAUUCCUGAGAAGAAUCGCCCUUUAAAAGGCAGAAUUAAUAUAGUACUUAGCAAGGAACUGGUGAAAAUUCCUGAAGGAGCCCAUUACCUGGCCAAAAGUCUAGAUCAGGCAUUAGAUCUUCUGGAAUCACCAGAGUUGGCAAGUAAAAUAGACAUGAUUUGGAUAGUUGGAGGCACUUCAGUUUAUAAGGCAGCAAUGGACAAGCCAGUUCAUCAACGAUUGUUUGUAACAAGAAUCCUGCAUUACUUUGAAAGUGAUACAUUCUUUCCAGAAAUUGAUUUAGAAAAAUACAGGCUUCUACCUAGUUUCCCAGGUGUACCUGCUGAUAUUCAAGAAGAGAAUGGCAUUCAGUACAAAUUUGAAGUGUAUGAAAAGAGCAUCUAGACUUCACAUGAUGUGACAACUCUUUGCUCAAAACAAGCUUCUUAAUUUAAUCCAUUUUGCAGAAUAAAUGCUCUCCUCCCUCAUGUGCUCUCCACGUUGCUUCCCCCCGACAACUGCAGAUGCUGAGAAUCAGACAGGGAACACCAGGCUCUCCUUUGCCCUCCCAGAGACCAAAAUUACAUGGGAGUAAGCUCCACUGAUAAAUGAACCACGUCUCUUUCAUGUAGUAUUCAUCUCUGGCUCACUCUCUUCAGGCUAAUGCAAGUUAUUUGGUGGAGAGGCUUCCUCACAACAAGCACAAUACAGUGUAGAAGCUACAAUGAAAAAGUUGUCUCUUAUGUAUGUGAGACUUCCAUAAGUUCACUGAAAAAUGCAUUCCAUGUUUAUGGCUUACGGAAUAAAUCAUGGGUUUGUUUUUGUUUCAUAAAUAAAAAGGUGUGUUUUGAAUUUCAUUUUUUGUAUGAAUACUCUCUUGGACUACAACUCCCAUCAGCCCCCAACCAGCCACUGAUCAAUGCAUAAGUUUUAGUUUCCAGCCAUUAACUCACAUAAAAUUUCCAUUUUCUGGCAACGGCUCAAACUUUAGGUCUCAUCAAUUUCAUGCUUAAAAUUGAAGUGGAGUUUUUUUUUCUGCUGUUGAUAGUUUUUUUAUGAAAACCAAGAAAAAAAAUAUGUUGCUAGGCAGCAGUCACUUUGCUUAUGAAUCACUGCCUGGAAUAAUUACCAGUGCUAAGAAGUUACUAUAAUCUCCAUUAAGAAUUUUAAAAGUGAGUAAUUUACCAUCAACUUGUGUCGGUCAAUCUCUCCACAGAAUCCUACAGAAUAGGGAAAAAAUGACAAUUGGUGAAAUUGUAUUAAACAUUCCCUGGAUAAUACUAUCUGAUACAUGGUCUUUUCCCCCCUCAGCUGCUCAAACAGAACACUGUUGUCAAAUUAUUUUCUAUAACGUUUUUACUCCUCCACCCUGGUACCAUCUUCCAUUUAGUGCUCUUUUUGUAAUUUUAGAGCAAGCCUUUGUUCAGUUUGCUGCUGAGCUUAUAUCAACAUGUAAAAGUGUGUGUGUGUGUGUGUAAUCCCCAGUUGUACAAAAUGUGUUUUGUUACACUCAACCAACAUCCCAAUUUACUUCAGAGUCCAAAGGUGGUGAGGCAGACCCUACACCUUUCCACCCCAAUUGAGGCAGAUUUUGCUGCCAAUACUGGGGAUCCAAAAAAUCUGAAGUAAUGGUGGCUUGGAUGGUCUCCCAAAUGCCAGGUACCCCUCCAAAAAAACCUCUUUUCCUUUUCCCUUUCAAAGUGUUGUCUCCACCCGCUUCUGGCUAGCUGUACCCACAGCCAAUCAGGGUGAAGCUCUUGCUUUGCAUACUGAGAAUUUUGCCUGUAUUCCAUCAAACUCUGAGUUACCUGUGCCAUCUGUCACAGGUGUUCCUGAUUUUUUUAAAUUACAAAUCAUCUAUGGCUUUAAAAAUAAAUUAUUAUACUAAAUAGAGUUCAACCCUUUUUAUUUUUCUGGAGUUCAAAAAUGACUUAUGAACUUAUGUUCAUCAAUGUAAUUUAAGUCCUGGGGUAUAAAUGCCUAAAUUGUAUUUUAGUACUGAUCUUAAUAUGUCACUGUGCAUUACUGUUUUGUAGUAUUCAGAAUGUCAAAUGUGUGACUGCACUGAGAUUAUUUGUGACAAAGGGUGAUAUAGAAAUAAAUAAAGUAAAUGCAUUU